AUGGACACCAGCCGCGACAGGGGCCUCACCACCGGCGACGAACUCAUGCAGGCGCAGGCCGAGCUCUGGAACCACGUCUUUGCGUACACCAGAUCCAUGGCCCUCCGAUGCGCCGUCGAGCUGGGCAUCCCCGACGCCGUCAGCCGCCUCGGUGGCGCCGCAUCGGUCCCGGAGCUUGUCGCGGCGCUCUCCCUGCCGCUGCCCAGGGCGCCGUAUCUGCGCCGCCUCAUGCGGCUGCUUGCACACGCCGGGUUCUUUGUCUUCGACGCCGACGCCGCCAGCUAUGGGCUGACCCCGCUCUCGCGCCUCCUAGUCUCCACGGCCACGCUCGGCGGCGGUGGCGGUGGGCAGGGCCUCUCGCCGUUCGCGCUGGCCAUGCUGCACCCCGUCAUCGUGUCGCCGUCCAUGUCCCUGGCGUCCUGGUUCCGCGCCGCGGACGCCGUCAACGCCGCGGCGCGCGUCCCGUUCGAGUCCGCGCACGGGCGCGACCUCUGGGCGGUGACGAAGGACGACCGGGAGUUCGGAGCGGCGUUCCACGACGCCAUGGCGUGCGACGGCCGGUUCGUGAUGGACGUGCUCGUGCGCGACCACAGCGACGUGUUCCGGGGCCUCGCUUCGCUGGUCGACGUGGGCGGCGGGUCAGGCGGCGCCGCCAGGGCCAUCGCCACCGCGUUCCCGCACAUCAGGUGCAGCGUCCUGGAGCUGCCGCACGUGGUUGCCGCCGUCCCGACAGGCGAACUCGGCGGCGUGGAGUUCGUCGCCGGGGACAUGUUCGAGCAUGUCCCCAAGGCCGACGCCGUCCUCCUCAAGUGGAUCCUGCAUGGAUGGGACGACGAGAACUGCGUGCGUUUACUGCGGCGGUGCAGGGAGGCGAUCCCUUCGAGGGAGGACGGCGGCAGGGUGAUCGUGAUGGACCUGGUUGUUGGAUCGAGCCCGGCUGACGAGAAGGCCACCGAGACGCAGCUGCUGUGGGACGUGAUGAUGAUGGGGGUGGUCGGGAGCCCCGAGCGGGACGAACGUGAGUGGCGCAAGAUCUUCCAGGAUGCAGGCUUCAGCGGCCACAAAAUCGUUGCCCUCCUCGGGAUCCGGUCUGUGAUCGAGGUCUACCCUUGA